UGCUGAACCUGACGCUGAUCGAUCUCCCGGGAAUCACCAAGGUUCCCGUGGGGGAUCAGCCGCCCGACAUCGAGUCCCAGAUCCGCGACAUGAUCCGCGAGUUCAUCGCCCGCGACAGCAGCCUCAUCCUCGCCGUCACGCCCGCCAACACCGACCUCGCCAACUCCGACGCCCUCAAAAUGGCCAAGGAGGUGGAUCCCCAGGGUCUGAGGACCAUCGGGGUGAUCACCAAGCUGGAUCUGAUGGAUGAAGGGACGGACGCUCGGGAUGUGCUGGAGAACAAACUGCUGCCACUGCGGAGAGGUUACAUCGGGGUCGUUAACCGGAGCCAGAAGGACAUCGACGGCCGCAAGGACAUCCGCGCCGCUCUGGCCGCCGAGCGCAAAUUCUUCCUGUCACACCCCUCCUAUCGCCACAUGGCCGAGCGCAUGGGCACCCCUCACCUGCAGCGCGUCCUCAACCAGCAACUCACCAACCACAUCCGGGAGACGCUGCCGGCGCUGCGGAGCAAACUGCAGAGCCAGCUGCUCUCCCUGGAAAAGGAGGUGGAGGAGUUCAAGAAUUUCCGGCCGGAUGAUCCCGCCCGGAAAACCAAAGCUUUGCUCCAGAUGGUGCAGCAGUUCGGGGUGGAUUUCGAGAAGCGGAUCGAGGGAUCCGGGGAUCAGGUGGACACCCUGGAGCUCUCCGGGGGCGCUCGGAUCAAUCGCAUUUUCCACGAGAGAUUUCCCUUCGAGCUCGUCAAGAUGGAAUUUGACGAGAAGGAUUUGCGGCGGGAGAUCAGCUACGCCAUCAAGAACAUCCACGGGGUGAGGACGGGGCUGUUCACUCCGGACCUGGCGUUCGAGGCCAUCGUCAAGAAGCAGCUGGUGAAGCUGAAGGAGCCGUGCCUGAAAUGUGUGGAUUUGGUGAUCCAGGAGCUGAUCAACACCGUGCGGCAGUGCACCAGUAAGCUGGGCUCGUACCCGCGGCUGCGGGAGGAGACGGAGCGGAUCGGGAGCAC